GACAGCUGCGACAACUACGCCCGUCCGGCCGUAUUAACUUAAUCUGCCGUGAGCUUACUCUACCUCCAGAACUCAAUAGUGAUCUCUUGACGGACUAUCUUCACGAUGGACGCGGCCCUACUUGCUAUCAUCGGCGCACAAGCCGGGGCAAGCGGCGAUAAUACCCCUACAGCUGGCUCAAAAGCAGCAACCCCUGUGGGAACGGCACCUGGAUCGCCUAACCCUGCACCAGCAGCUGUCUCCAGUGAACCCGCCGCAGUCACUUCUACCCCUGCUCCAUCCUCAACACCAGCUUCCGUCGCCGCGUCUACACGGAAGCAGGCGAGCGAAACAGCCACCCGGUCGGCGCCGAGGAGGAGUACGCGACGAGCACCACGGCUCGAGAGCGAGUCUGAAGGCGCUGGGUCCGACGAUGAAGAUGAGCUCUCUGAUGACGAGGAGUGGGCUGAUGUGAAAACAUGGGAUCCGGAUACGUUGAUUGGCGAUGCGGCUGAUGAGCAACGGCUAAACGCCAUGUCAGAGUUGCACCGUGAGAGUCUUAUCGCGGAACGACGGGGACGCCUCGAGAAGAUGAAGGAGCGAUUAGAAGUCAAGAAGAUGGUGCGGCGGAAGUUCGGCGCAACGAAACCCAAACGACAGAACGAGGAUGAAGACGAACGUCCAGCGAAACGGCAAACGAAGGAGAAGACGAAGCGGGAUGAGACCAUGGCCAGCUUCAAAAGAGAAAGGGAGAAGCAUUCGCGAGCAGCAAAGGAUGGUAAUGCCAUGCAGAUAGACUCCGUACAUGAUGAUCAUUACGAAUCCGACGAUCGGCUGGAUGCGGAUACCGAAGUGCGGCGGAAAGAGAUAAGCAAAGCCACGAAAAGCAUACCAACAUACGAACAGGUCCUGUCGAUACAAGUCACCCGUGCCCAGCUGACGGAUUGGGUGUUUGCGCCGUUCUUUGACAAGACUGUGAAAGGCUGCUUUGUACGCUAUGGAAUUGGAGCCGACGCGAAGGACCCUAAAAAGAACGUAUACCGCCUAUGUCUGAUCGAUGCGGUAACCACCGCCUCCCGACCAUACUCAAUUGACGACAAGCCGGUGCCAAAAUCAGCAAUAAUGAAUCAUGCGGGAGCCCAAAGGGAGAACACCUUCUCCAAAGUGUCGAAUAGUCCCGUAACCGAGAGCGAGUACAGACGAUGGUCUGAGACGAUGGUAUUUAACAAGAUCCCAUUCCCGGCACACCACGUCAAGAACAAGAGGGAUGAUUUGGACCGAGCGAAAAAUUAUGUGUUCAGCAGCGACGAAGUAAGCCAAAUGGUCACAUCCCGAAAAGCCCUCCAGAAAGCCCCCGUCAACGCCGCCGUCGAGCUCCCGGCCCUAAAACGCCAGCUAAUGUACGCCGAAGAACAAGGGAACGUAGAAGAGCAAGAACAGCUUAGAGCGCAGAUGGACCGUAUCUUGUUGAACUUGAGCAACAAAAAGGAGGAGGAGACGGGGGCGCGCGCGCUGUCGAGGUCUGGGAGCGACCUCCGCAUCCCUGGGACGCCUGGCAAUGGUGCCGCACCGAAUUUGGCGUCGUCGGGGUUCACUGCGCCGAGGGUGACGGGGGUGGGGGGGUUGGCGAUGGCGGAUAUCUCGAAUGAGAUGGAUGGAGCGUUUGCGAGGGAUCCCGUGUUGGAGGAGAUCAGACUCUGAGGAAAUGCCUCAUGAAUGUCGUAUUGGCGUAUUGUAGGCAGUG